GUGGUGGUGGUGGAGAGAUAGAGAGGGUCGGUUUGGUGUUGUGUGUGCGCCCGACAGAUAAGUUCACUCUCUCGUCGGUCGAUAAAACUCGACAACGAAAAGUGAAGGGAUAAAGGGGGUGGUAGGACGGUCGGAGGGGUGGUUGUUGAAUGUUUGGGGGAUUGAAGGCACGUUAGGAGCACGUGGGUCUCAGGGGGGUGGAUUGACUAUUUGGGAGACAUCAUGAGACGAAAUGUGAAAAUUGUUUUGCUGCUGUCCUGCGCGUGGAUGUUCAUCUGUGUUUACUAUUAUCACUCGUCGAGGGAUAAUAAGGUAUGUACGACGCGUUUGGAGAAGAUCUAGACGAUUUUAAUCGGUGAGCGGUGGCUGUUUUUUGUGAGAGGAUUUGCUGAAUGAAAAUCGUGCCCUGAGGCUGAAGGAACCGGCGCUAGGAUUAUCAAGUGGCAGUUCAGGUUAUGCUGAACCAGAUGGCACAGCCAUGGCCAUGUCCUCGGAGCUGUUACCUGUACCCACCCCAGAUCCCCGGGUAACAUGGAACUACUUCGACGAACAAGGAUAUGUUUCUAGAGGUGGACUACGAGCUGGUGAAGACCCCUACGCCAGAAACAAAUUCAAUCAAGAAGCGUCAGACGGUCUCCCCAGCAACCGAGACAUUCCGGACACCCGGAGUGCAAUGUGCCGAUUGAAGCAGUGGAGACGAGAUUUGCCCCCAACUUCCGUGAUAAUUACAUUCCAUAAUGAGGCUAGAUCGACUCUUCUACGUACAGUUGUCAGUGUUUUGAACAGGAGCCCUGAACACUUGAUCAAAGAGAUUAUUCUGGUGGAUGACUUCAGUGAUCAUCCCGAAGAUGGUGAGGAACUGUCUAGAAUCCACAAAGUUCGCGUGAUAAGAAACGAGAAACGCGAGGGUCUGAUGAGGUCACGUGUUCGUGGUGCAGAUGCAGCAACAGCCAGUGUUUUGACAUUUCUGGAUUCACAUUGCGAAUGUAAUGCCGACUGGCUGGAGCCACUGCUGGAGAGGGUCGAUGAGGAUCCAAGUCGUGUUGUGUGUCCUGUCAUCGAUGUCAUCAGUAUGGAUAACUUCCAGUACAUAGGUGCUUCGGCAGACCUCAGAGGGGGCUUCGACUGGAGUCUCGUGUUCAAGUGGGAGUACUUGAGCCAACUUGAGAGACAGUCGAGACAGAAGGAUCCAACCCAAGCCAUCAGGACACCCAUGAUUGCUGGGGGGUUAUUUGUUAUUAAUAAAGCUUAUUUCGAAAAGCUGGGGAAAUAUGACACGCAAAUGGAUGUGUGGGGAGGAGAAAACUUGGAAAUAUCGUUUCGAGUUUGGCAGUGCGGUGGAAGUUUAGAGAUAAUUCCGUGCUCACGUGUUGGCCAUGUCUUCCGAAAACGUCAUCCAUACUCAUUCCCUGGAGGAAGUGGAAAUGUCUUCGCGAGAAACACACGACGUGCUGCUGAAGUCUGGAUGGAUGACUACAAACAUUUUUAUUACAACGCUGUGCCACUGGCGCGCAAUAUCCCUUACGGAAACAUCCAAGACAGACUGGAAUUGAAGAGAGCAUUGGGCUGUAAGCCCUUCAGUUGGUAUUUGAAGAACGUUUAUCCAGAAUUAGUGAUACCGACUAGUGAAGGUGGUCCAGGUGGUGCUCUCAAACAGGGUAAUGCCUGUCUAGAUAGCAUGGGCCAUUUGUUAGACGGCAACGUAGGUCUCUAUCCUUGUCACGAUACUGGUGGUAAUCAGGAAUGGAGCCUAACAAAGGACGGUUUAAUCAAACAUCACGACCUGUGCUUGACUCUCCCGAUGUAUGCCAAAGGCACGACACUACUCAUGCAGAUAUGCGAUGGCAGUGAGAAUCAGAAAUGGCGACACCUCGAGGGUGGCUUAAUUCGUCACUCGAGGAUCCCAGUGUGCAUGGACUCAAGAUUCCAUGCACAACGAGGCAUAACUGCUGAGAAAUGUGACUCAAGCGCUGAAUCCCAACGGUGGCACCUCUACAAUCAUGGGCAUUAGUCCCUCGUGUGGAAUUAGUAGUCCAUCCGUGAAAUUAUUAUUAAUUAUCAAUUGUUAUUCAUCUGCGUUUGACGUUUUUUUUAUUAUCUGGUGAAGAGGGAGGGGGAGAAUACUCAGAAUUUUAAUUGACGCUCAUAAUUGCACAGAAAAAAAUAAUUCUUGAGUUGAAGAUUUUGUUCAGAACGUGACUCGCUAUUAAAUUUAUUUAAAUAUUUAUCAUAUUGCAAAUCUUAUAGAAAAAUCAGGGGACAACGUGACGCACAACGUGACUAACGUUACUCACUAUUGAUUUUUUUUCGAAAUAUUUAGCAUUUUGCAAAUUUUGUAGGAAAUUCAGGGGAAACUGUCGACUUGAUUCAAUUAUUAUUCCAUAAAAAUCAUUACUGUUUGUUAAUCCUAAUUUUUUUAGCACUGGAAUUUUUCUGCAGAGUUCAGUCAUUACCGGAAUAGUUACAUAAUUAAUUGAUCACUAAUUAAUCAGUAGUCCUACGAAAAUGAUUUCGACUGCAGAUACUGAAACAAUAAUUUCAAGAAUUAUUUUUUCUGUGGAUCGAAUUCUUAUUAAUUGAUCGUUAGUAAAUGGAUAAGAGACGAUGGAAUUUGAUGAAGGAGCCGAGGGAGAUCUCAAAUGACUAUCAUUGAGUGUCUAGGUGGUGCCCGUGGCACCGUGUGCUUGUAAAAGCUUCCAAUUAUACGAGAAAUCGAGGUUUAUAAACUAAUCAGUUAAUUACAUAUAUCGAUUGAUGCUUGAGAUUUUUCUGUAAUGUACUUUCUGUAUCAUACGACUAUAUUUAUAAGUCAACUUGACUAAUGAUUUUAUAUAAUGUAUCUUCCCUGGACUUUUUUUUACGAAAAAAUUUCGAGACUUUAAGACUUUUUCCAGCUGAUGUACUUACUUAUGGCCAGAAUAUACAUUUGACGAAUGUUUAUUUUUCGUAAUGUUCGGGGGACUAUCGUUUCAAUCAAAAAUUGUUCGUUGGAGAAAUAUUGAAAUUGGGGAUAAAUGUGGAGAGAUUUUUUUUGAGGGAAAUAAUCCCCUGGAAAAUAUAGCUUGACAUUUUCUUUAAAAUAGUCGACAGUUUCGUCAUCUCCCACUGAACAUUAACAAAACGUAAAAUCGUACUCUUCCUUUAGAAUUUUCCUAGUCUUAUAUUUCAUGUUUGUAAAUAAUAUUGCAAUUUUGCGUGGACAUCUGUGCCGAUAAAAUAUUCCAAACAAAAAUCAAACAAAAUAAUUCUUCCAUUUUUGUCAAUAAUUUACCGAAAAUUAUAUCUCGCAAUUUUACAAUAAUUUUGGUCUUCGUGAUAAAUUGAGAAUUUUAAAAAUGAGUCUCCAAUUUGUAAAACUGUCGCGCAAUGCUUACGCAGAGAUUUAUUUUUGUAAUAAAUUGUAUAAUUGUAUUUUAGUUGUCGUAUAUUGUUAAUAAUAUAUUCAAAAAUUUGAUGAAUAAUAUUCCUGAAUACUUAAAAGGGAAUUAUUAGAGUGGACGAAAUUGUUUCGGUGUUUGAAUGUCAUUGGAAUUUAAUAUAAAAAGCUUUUUGUAAUAAAAAUAAUGCUGAAAAUGGAUAAUCAUUCACAUCCGAGAAUAUAUUUAUACAUUAGGAGAACAAUUUUCUGUGAUUUUAUGUUGAAAAAUCAAAAUCAAAAGUAAAUUAACGAAACAGAAUUCAAAAGAAGAUAAACUCAAAAAAAAGUUGCGACUGAUUUUGAAAAUAUCUCGUAUGAGAUCGCAAAAUUUUUUUAAUUUGUAACAAAAAACAGUUAUGAAAGAAUCACUUUGGGUAAUGAAAACUAAAUUACCAUAUUAUGUAAAUAUGAGCAUUUAGAAAUAAUAUAAGACUAUACAUAUUAGCUGUUAAGAUUAAUCAUAAUGAAUAAGGUAAAAUGUAAAAUAGUAAGUAGUCCAAAUUUUCAUGAUAACGAAGCCAUAAAAGGGAUGAUUGAUAAGCCAAGUGCAAUAAUAUAUCAACAAUCAAAAAAAAUCUUUCCUUAAUUGAGGAAUUAUUUGAGAGUGAAAUUAUCAACAACAAUUUCUCUUAUUUAUAUUGGGAUUGAGACCUUUCCGGUACUUCCGCUAUUUUUAUCUUCCGUGAAAAACAGUCUUAUCCAUUCGAUUUUCUUAUUCAACUUUUGCAAACCUGAUAUAUAUUUCGAUAUUAUUUUUGAAAAUUCAAAAAAUUCAGUAACGAAGUGGUAAAACAACAUAAACCACUUUUUGUCAUCGAUCGAUUUUUGAUGAAUAUCUAGAAAUCUAAGCGAGAUAACGCAAUUUUUGUUAUAAACUUUUUUGUGAAGAAAAUGGAGUACUACAAUAGAUGUUAUGACAAAAAUUGUGCUAUCUCUCUUAGAUUUAGAGAUAUUACUCAAAAACUCACCUCAUUCAUGAGUUCAAAUCUCGUUUUACUUCACUACUAAAUUCUGUCGAUUCAUUUGCGAACAACAAAUAAUCGAGUAUUUUAUAGUGUAUUUAAAUGUUGCUGAAUAAUCAUUUGUUUCAAAUUUGAUCAAACAACAAUUUAAUCGAUGAAAUUGAUAAUUGAAUUCAUCAUUAAUUAAAAAUAAUUGAAUGUAGAGAGGGAUCUCCACAAAAUUGCACAAAACUUGGCUGUCCCUGAAUGAAUAAUUAAAAAAAUAUCUGGAUGAACUCUAGAUAUGAAAUUAAACAAUCAUAAAACUCCAACCCUCACUUUACUCAUCAAAAACAUCAUAACAAUUGUAUUUCAGAGAUGAAUGAGUCCUAUGAGAGGCAUUCAUCCCAUAUUUUGCAACUGUAUAAUAACGAUUGUGUGUACAUCACUGAGUUAUCUCCUAUAACAAAUAAUCUAGCUGAAAAACUUUUUGGUUAAUAAAAAAUGAAAGCAAUAAAA